UCUUUUUUCUAGCUUUACCAUUUACAUCUUCUCUCAUUAAAACUCUUGAAACUCACAAGAUAAAUAAAACCCCACUCUCACUCUCAUCCAAGAAAAAGGAAAAAAAAAAAAUAUACUCACUAUUAGUCCUCCUUUGCUUGUAAUUUUCUUUGUGGGGUUUCUUUGGGGUUUUGGGUUUGACAUAUAGCUUGGUAUUAUUACAAAGUAUAUUAGCUAUUUGUGGGUUCUUGAAGAUCAUCUUGUUUCUUGGUUUUAGAGCAUUUAUACAAGGUUUUUUUCUCCAUUAAUAUGUGGGUUUCUCUCAGUUCAAGCUUUGGUUGAUUUUCAAGGAAGUUUGUCAGGUAGAAUAUUUCAUUAUUGUUGUAGAAAUGGAGGGUUAUUCAAGAAAAUGGCUUAUGCAAAGAGGAGAAGAAACAAACCAUGGAAAUUCUGAAGAGAAAAAGCUUGAGUUAAGGCUUGGUCCUCCUAAUGGAGACUGGUCUAAUGAAAAAGAUGAAACCCGUUUCCCUUUUAGUUACAUCUCAAACUCAAAGGCUAACAACAAUGGAAACCAAAACCAGAAAUAUUCAUCAUUUCUUCAACUUCAAUCAACGGCACAGGAAUCAUCACAGACAGGUUGUUCCAAAACAACAGAUGUGCAGAACACAGACAAGAAAAAAGCUACUGUACCCAACACCUCUCAGAAAAGGACUGCACCAGCACCAGUGGUGGGUUGGCCUCCAAUUCGUUCAUUUAGGAAGAAUCUUGCAAGUAGCAGCACUGUGAAACCUGCAACUGAGACACAAAAUGUGGUGGUCCCAAGUAAGAGUGCCAACGAAAAACCAAUGGAAAUAUGUCAGACAAAAGGAUUAUUUGUUAAGAUCAACAUGGAUGGUAUUCCUAUUGGAAGGAAAGUAGAUCUCAAAGCUUAUGACAGCUAUGACAAACUCUCUUCUGCUGUUGAUCAACUUUUUAGAGGCCUUCUUGCAGCUCAAAAUGAUCCAUCUGGUGAGAAGAAGGAAGAAGGGGAGACAGCGAUAAGUGGAUUAUUGGAUGGAAGUGGGGAAUAUACUCUAGUAUAUGAGGAUAAUGAAGGUGACAGGAUGCUUGUUGGGGAUGUCCCUUGGCACAUGUUUGUGUCCACCGUGAAAAGGCUGCGUGUGUUGAAAAGCUCUGAACUCUCUACACUUACUCGUGGAACUAAGCAGCAGGGAUAGCUGACCUAAUGAUAUGAAUGAGCUAACGAGAUUAUUGAAGAGAAGAGAGUGACUUGUUUUGCAUGGAAUUGGAAGUUUUUCAUUAUUGAAGUAGUAGCAGAAGCAAAAAGUUGAUGUAAAUUAUGAUAUUACUGCUAAUAUUUGUGUUUUUGGAAGGCAAAAGAAUUAUUGCUUUCUUAAGUAAGAUGGUCUGUUCCCUUUGCAUCCAUUGGACAAAAAUCCUUGCUACCUUCA